GGUGCGGCUGGCAGCGCUGACGGACGCCCCAGCGCCGAGUAGGCGCGCGGGCGGGUUAGCGCGGGUUGCUGGGGCCGCAGAUUCCUUCAGCGAGGGGGGAGGGGGAGGGGUUGGGGUGGGUGUCCUGUGGAGGGGCAGAGGGGAGCAGAGCCCGGCCCACACACACACACGUCCGCGCGCCGCGCCAAAGAGGGAAGGCACAGUCGGGCCGAGACAGCGCAGCAGUGCAGCAUCCCGUGUGUCGCCGCCUGAUCGCUGCUCCGUCCAGGGCGGGUCCGCCGAGGUCGCGGCCUCUCUCACCAUGAAGUUGCAGGUGUUGCUGGUGGCCAUAGUGCUGUCUCUCUUGAUCACCGACGUGUUCGGUGAGAAAGUGAGGAAGUUCAAGAAGUACCGCCGCCACCACCGCACCUCCACCACCACCACCACCACGGAGGUGGACCCCGAGCUGUCGGCGGAGUCUGCGGAGGCCUCGGACGACAAGGACGUGUUCUCGAUGAUGGCGGUGGACGAGAAGGUGCAGGAGAAGCAGGACCAGGAGGACGAGAGCCUGCCCGACUCCGAGAUCCAGGACAACAACGUCAUCAUGCACGACCCGUGCGCAGACAAGCACUGCGGGGCGGGACGGGUGUGCGACAUCGACGACAGGGGGGAGGCGGUGUGCAUCUGCAUCCCAGACUGUCCCGUGGAGAAGGAUCCAAGGAGGAAGGUGUGCUCCAACCACAACGAGACGUGGGGCUCCGACUGCGAGGUGUACCAGAUGCGGUGUUGGUGCGAGAAGGACCUGCCUCAGUGCAAGGGAGACGAGUACGAACACGUGCACAUUGAGUACUACGGCAUGUGCCGCGAGAUGCCGGACUGCAAAGCAGAGGAGAUGGCGGACUUCCCGCGCCGCAUGCGCGACUGGCUGUUCAACAUCAUGCGCGACCUGGCGGACAGGCAGGAGCUGACGCCGCACUACCUCAAGAUGGAGCGCGAGGCGGAGAGCAACUUGACCCGGCGCUGGAGCAACGCCGCCGUGUGGAAGUGGUGCGACCUGGACGGUCACCCCCCCGACAGGUCCGUGUCCCGGCACGAGCUGUUCCCCAUCCGCGCGCCCCUCAUGGCGCUGGAGCACUGCAUCGCCCCCUUCCUGGAUGCCUGCGACGUGAACGACGACCACCGCAUCACGCUCAAGGAGUGGGGCAAGUGCCUGGAGCUGGACGAGGAUGACCUGGAAGAGAAGUGCGACGAUCUGAGGGACAGCACGGAGUAACGCGAGUACGCGGCUCGGCAAGGGCUGGGACCGUCCGGCCUGCCUCCAGUAACCAAGCCUCCACCUUACAGCUGUUGGUAGCCUUGUACAAGGAUACCACUAUUUACUGCUGACAAUGUGAACCAGUGCUCUUCAGCACUGUUUGGGGUCGUAAAUGUGGUGCUAAACAAUUUAGUUUAUAAGCGCUGUACUUUUUAUACGCAGACUUUUGUUAUGUUUUUUUUUUUUUUUUAAAUUUUGUAGCUUAGAAUCUUCAAAAAACAUGAAUACUGUCUCUUCAGGGAUUCAAAAAAUUCUCACGUGCCAAAUUAAUUUUUAGACAAAAUUUUCUGAAGCAAUAAACGACAAAUGUUUUUGCUUUGUUUUUUAUGUAGAUGUACCUAAAAACUUUUUUUGCUAUUGUAAUUAUUAUAUAUUGUCUCUUAUCUUAAUUUUUAAUAGUAACACUUUAACCAAUUGUAAAUUAUAGUACAUUACAUAAAAGUGUAAAGAUUUUUUGGUGAGAUAUUUGAAAUGAGAAACAUUACCAACAGAAUACAGCUUCUUAAUUAUUUUCAUGUGUAACUUUUUCAUGUAAACUUAGGUUGUUAGUGAUCCUAAUGAAUUUAUUUUCAAUGUUUUACAAGUAAUUUUAAGAGCCUUUUUAUAACUUACUACCUAUGUGGUUUAAAGUACGAAAAUACUUUCAACACUUGUGCAAACACUGCCAUAAUCAUAAGUUGUGUAACACAAAAUAUAAAAUAAAGACUUUCAAAAAUGUU